UAGUCGCUACACUGACACGUAAGAAUCCUGCGUAAAAUGUAAGGAAGAAGUUACAUCUUUUUCUCAAGUUGAAUUCCGUUACAGCUGCUUAGACUCUGACUUGAUGUACAGUUGACCCGUCCCAAACCAGGGGCCUGUUUGGACGGUUUUUGAAGCGACGCACGGCUGUCAAACAGAGCAGCCGACACACAAGAUGAGAUUCUCGGCGUUUGUUUCUGUGCUGCGGUCGGUUGGCCCGGUGGUAAUCGGUAUUUCUUUAGGGUUUACAUUGAGUUUAUUGAGUGUAAACUGGACGGAGGAAGCGUGUUACAUAGACGGUAAAGAGAGUGAGGGUGUGACAGUGGGUCAGGAUGGACUGCUCAAAGGAGCCAGAAAGCCCAACUCUAUUUCCACUGGCAACGAUGUGGAGUCCGACGAGGAUUUUGAGCCACGAAUAGUGCCAUAUAAACAAGUCCAGCAGAGUGCCCCAAAGAAAGUUUUCAGAGCUAAAUACAUAAGCACAGAGUUGGGGAUGCGAGAGCGUCUGUUUGUAGGGGUCCUCACAUCCAAGAACAGCUUAAACACUCUGGGUGUAGCUGUCAACCGCACCAUCAGCCAUCACCUGGACUCUGUGAUCUUCUUCACCGGCAUGCGCAACCGCAAAGUCCCUCAUGGCAUGUUCGUGGUCUCUCACGGAGACGAGAGACUCAUAUGGAACAUGUAUCAGAACAUCAAACACAUCUUAGACCAUUACAUCAAUGAAUUCGACUGGUUCUACUUCGUCCAGGAUGACGCCUACACGGAAGCUGACAGGAUCAAAGCCCUGGUGGAUCACCUGAGCAUGGAUCGGGAGGUCUACAUGGGCAAACCUGAGGAGUUCAUAGGUGGGGAAAUGGAAGGGAAGUACUGCUACGGAGGGUAUGGGUACCUCCUGUCCCGUACCUUGCUCCUCAGACUCCAGCCCUACCUGGAAAACUGCAGGAACGACAUUCUGAGUGCAAGGCCUGACGAGUGGCUCGGGAGAUGCAUCAUUGAUUACACGCACACCAACUGCGUCAAUGAAUUUCAGGGGCUUCAGUACCACUAUUAUGAGUUGGGAAAGAACUCUGAUCCGAGUAAAGAAGAAAGUGAACAGUUCAAGAAAGCUCUGACGGUCCAUCCAGUGUCUGACCCUGAACAGAUGUACAGGCUGCACAGAUACUUCACUGAGAUUGAACUCCAGAAGACCUACGAUGAGAUUGCUAAGCUGCAGGCAGAAAUAAAGAAUGUGAGUGUGGUUGCUUUUGAUGGCAACCGGAGCUCCCAGUGGCCUGUGGGGAUCAAUCCACCUUUUGAACCAAAAUCUCGGUUUGAAGUCCUGAAGUGGGAAUACUUUACAGAGGAAGAGAUUUAUUCAUGCAUCGAUGGUUCUCCAAAGUGUGAACUGCAGGGUAUUGACCGCAUGGAUGUGGCUGAUGUCAUAGACGUAGCUUUGGUAGAGCUGAACAAGAAGUAUAAGCCUGUCCUUCACCUGAAGAAGCAGCAGCUGAUUAAUGGGUAUAGACGCUUCGACCCCAUCAGGGGCAUGGAGUACACCUUGGACCUUCAGCUGGAAGUGGUGAAUCAGAAAGGUCACAGCCGUUCCAUCACUAAGCGAGUUCAUCUGGUGCGACCUUUGAGUCGGACUGAGAUCAUCCCCAUGCCCUACGUCACUGAAGCUACAAGGAUUCACAUCAUAAUACCUCUUACUCUGCAGGACCGGAGCUCUGUGGACCAUUUCCUGGAAGUCUAUGCUUCAAAUGCUUUUGAGACCAGUGAAAAUGCUAUUCUCACAUUCUUAUUUAUUUAUGACCCAGUAGAGGCACAGCAAGUCAUCCAGAAUGAUAUAUUCGCCAGCGUGAAGGCUCAGAUAAACACUUAUGAACGUAAAUACCCUGCAGUAAAAAUCCCAUGGAUAAGUGUCAAGACAGAAACACCAUCCCAGAUCAAAUUCAUGGACAUCAUCUCGAAGAAACACCCAGUGGACUCGCUGUUCUUCCUGGCUAACAUCAAAAGUAAUGUCAAUUCAGAAUUUCUGAACCGCUGCCGCAUGAACUCCAUAAACAACUGGCAGGUGUUCUUCCCCGUCCAUUUCCAGGACUUCAACCCUGACGUGGCUUAUCAUAACCAGCCGCAUCCGGCCACAGUUGAUCUGGUGAAGGACGCAGGCCAUUUUGACCGCAGAUCAUUUGAAGAAGCGUGUUUUUACAACUCGGACUACAUGGCUACCCGAACGCGAAUGGUGACAGACGUCCAAGAGAAUGAGGAGAUUCUAGAUACCCUGGACAUCUUCGAUAUGUUCUUAAAGUAUUCUACCCUUCACGUGUUCAGGGCAGUGGAGCCAGCAUUGCACCAGCAGUACAGUUACCAAGCCUGCAACCCGCGGCUAAGUGAAGACGUCUAUCACAGAUGUGUUCAGAGCAACCUGGAAGGUCUCGGUUCGCGCUCCCAGCUCGCCAUGCUUCUGUUUGAGCAAGAACAAGGAAACAGCACUUGAAACCAGGAGUAAACUUCUGUUACAUGGAGGUUAAAAACUGUGUUUGUUGCUUUAAAACCUUAUGAUGCAAGCUAGCGCAACUCAAGUCUGGAGAACUGAGGUUACAUAUGUGAUGCUGCCUGACGUUCUCUAACGUUCUUCGGUUUGAGGUUUUAACUAGCUUGGAGAAAAAUGAAUGCAGUACAUCCCUAAUGAAAACGUUCCUAAAUGUUUACAAUGCAUAUGAGUUUCUAGAACCAAAUGUUUUUGCUACUGUGACGAUUCUAAAAAGCUGCAAUUCACAAGUUUUGAUCACUAGGUGGGAGAAACUGCCAGCAGCAGAGCCUUGACGCAGUGCUGGUCCAUCCAGCUGUUAUGUUUUUGGUGUCCAGGGGAUACAUGGUUACAUAGAUGCCCCAGUGGUGUCAUCUUUCUGUCCAUGUGUCUAGUUCCGAUAUUCCUUGGGAUCAGAAGAACUAGCUGCAGUACUUUCACAUUUCUAGAAUGUCAUUUGAUUGAAAGGCACAACGAGUAGGAUAUUUGGAAAAAACUGUGUAUAGAAUAGUGUCUGUUUCAGCGACCCUCUGCCUGUAUUUUCUGUUUGCUCAUUUUUCAACCAGGUGCCAGAUCGUAAGCACAGAUCCAAGAAGAAGCCAAAAAAACAGUGGACAAAGUGCCAAAAAAUUGCAAGUAUAGUGUGGUGAAACACCAAGCAGACAAUGCUUGUACCAAAAACGGGACUGGUCUUGCUUUACUCGCUGGGGAGCACAGUAAACCUCAUUGAUAUGGGGAGGAGGGGCCAACUGUGAAUGUUGAAACAAAUCCUACUCAUUGUGCCUUUAAUGUUAACUCAAAGGUAUUGUCAGAUGGGGCUUUUAUGUGAAGCUCUGAUAGAUAGCACCACAGGUUGUGUGCUCAUUCACAUUGAAGUAUUGAGCUUUUGAUAUUUACUGAUUUACAAAGGCAAUUCUUUGUAUAUGUGCCUUGACACUGACUGUCGGGUGGGAGAUAGUGUCUUCCACUGUAGAUAAAGCCUGUUACACAGCUGGGAGGAAUGAAUGAAGAGUUAGUCAACUUUACUUUUAUUUUUUAAAGGUGACAGGUUGCAAACGUGCCUCAGAGCAGGGGAGGGGUUUAUAGAAAACAAUAUUCUGUUGGUCUUCAGAGGUCAAAGGUGAAGACUAUUGUAUUCCAGUAUGCCAGCAGCGUGUAUUUAAGCUUUUGAUGUUGUAAGAAUAUGUACUUUCAAGAGGAAAAGGACAAUCAUGAAUAAUGGGGGGAAAUAAAUCAACUUGGUAAACGUCUGUACGGACGACCCGAGUGAGUCCUCAUUAAAGCUGUACUUUAAAACAGGAUUUAGAAAAUAUUUUUAAAUCAAGAAACCAUUUUUCCACAUUGAGUAGAGCAAGUCGUUUUUUAUACUCUAAAAAGAUGUCUAAAUGUUCCAAAGUAUUUUUGUAAAUUAUUGAAUGAUGUCAUUGUCCUCCAUUUCCUGGGCUCAGUUUCAGAAGCGGCAGCUUUCUCCAAGGCCUUUUCUAUAUGACUGAGUGGAGGUUGUGGAUGUAGCGGUACUGGACCCCAGAAAGUUAUUAGUAUAUUAUAUUGUGCAAUAUUACAGAUAACACAACUGGCUAUAUGUCCGAUCGAGCGGGACUUUCUAUUUCAAAGACAAUUGCUGCAAGUACAGCAGUGUGUUUAUCACAAUACUGUUCAUGACAUUGCAUAAAGCCUCUGGUGCUUUCUGUUCAAUGUUAAGUAAAUACACUGUAUUUUCUUUUGAAAAGACCUUUAAUGUAUUUUGCUGACACUAGACACUUUUCAUCAUCAAAUUUGCUUUGAAAUACAUGGCAAGUCCUUAUUUAACUUUAAUCGGAUUCAAAGUAUUUAUUGGAAACACUACAUCUGCAGUGGUGAACCUCAACAGUGUUUGCUGUAUUUUCUGCCAUGUGAACAAAGACCAUGGAGGUCAUUUUUAUAACGCAUCUCUUUCUUUAGAGAGCAGAAGAGUACGACACUAAUAAUGUGCAGAAAUGGAAACUGAAUCUUCCAAAAAACCACUGUGAAAGGCGGAGGGCUCGGAUUACAAUAUGAAGUUAUUGUGGUGAUCUGCGUCGUCUCUGCCUUCUGUAGACGUGAGAAGUUUAAAAUUAAGCGAGCGUGGCAAAUUAAUCACCCCGUGUUGUUAACACCGCCGCCAUCGCUGAGCGAAGACUUAAGUAUUUUGUCCAUAACUUAUUUAUCUGUCAUUUCUCUAUGAAUUAUGCAGAUUCUGAAUACUCCCGCACUAACAGAGGCUUCCACGGCAUUCUCUGUACAUUUAUAAAUAUUUUAUAGAUUCUAUUUUUAAGCCUUUUGUAGCUUUAUGUACACAGCAAAUUGUACUUUUAACAUUUUUGGUGACAAAUGAAACAUACUGUAUUUUACUCUGUAUUUUGAGCAUUGAAAAUCAUGACAUUUGACCUUGAAGAUAAUUUAAAAUGUAUGUUUUUCCACUUCAAUCAUGUAAUUCAUUCAAAGAAGCAGGAAAAAACAUGUAUUUUUAUUUCCAUUGAUGUUCGAACCUAUAGGUUUACAUUAUUUUAUGCAUAUGGGUACUAGUAUAACCAAAGAGUGAAUGGUCAUCACAUUUAAUUGUGUGCUGUAAUUCCCAAAUGAACUGUGAAUUAUUGUAAUUUUUAAAUAAAGAGUAUUUGUAUAUAACA